AAACUCGAACGUGUCCGGAACCAUCCAGACCAACGGGCAGCCCCGCAACCUGCGCCUCUUCCACAAGCUGAGCUGCUACAUCAUGCAGGACGACCUGCUGCAGCCCAGGAUCACGGUGCACGAGGCCAUGAUGGUGGCCGCCGAGCUCAAGCUGGGCUCCGAGAUGUCCGCCCGGCAGAAGGCGCUCGCCGUGGACGAGGUCCUCGAGACGCUGGGGCUGACGCCGUGCAGGAACACCCGCACGGAGAAGCUGUCUGGCGGCCAGCGAAAGAGGCUCGCCGUGGCGCUGGAGCUCGUCAACAAUCCCCCAGUCAUCUUCCUCGACGAGCCAACAACGGGCCUGGACGUGGUGGCCAUGAAGGCGCUGGUGGACGUGCUGCAGCUGCUGGCCCGCGGCGGCCGCACCGUGGUCUGCACCAUCCACCAGCCGUCGGCCUCGCUCUUCCAGCAGUUCGACCACGUGUACAUCCUGAACGGCGGCAACUGCGUGUACCAAGGGGCGGCCCACCAGCUCGUGCCCUUCCUGGACGCCUGCCAGCUCAGCUGCCCGAAGCACUACAACCCCGCAGACUUCGUGCUCGAGUGCCUCAGCCCCAACAACGCCAAGACCAUGGCGGCGAACACGUCCAACGGCAAGCUCUGCAAGACCUCCAGCGAGCCAGCCAAACACGUCUCCAGCUAUCGCACGGGCGAUUCGGCGGCGAGCCUGCUGGCCGCGGCGCACGCGCAGACCUCGGCGCUGAGCGAGACCGAGUUCGCAACGUCGUUCUGGACGCAGCUCUCGGUCCUGACGCGACGCUACUUCCUGCAGACGCGGCGCAACAUGGUCGGCCUAUUCGUCCAGAUGUUCGGCGCCGUGCUCGUGGGCGCCUCGCUGGGCGCCGUCUUCUACGGCAAGGGCGACGACGUGACGCGACCCUUCGACAACUUCAAGUUUUGCAUCGGUGUGCUCGUCUACUACAUGUACUGCCCGUUCAUGGUGCCGAUCCUGCUUUUUCCCUCCGAGCUGGUCAUCAUGAAGCGAGAGUUCUUCAACCGGUGGUACGGUCUCAAAUCGUACUAUAUCGCGCUGACAUUCUCCACACUGCCAUGGCAGUGCGUAUGCGGCUUCGUGUUCUCCACCAUGUGCUACGUCAUCUCCGGCCAGCCAAUGGUCUGGAGCCGAUAUCUCUGGUUCCUCGUCACCGGAGUUACCACCGGCAUGGUGUCCGAGGGCUAUGGGCUGGUUCUGGGCUCCCUUUUCAGUGUCACGAACGGCUCGACUUUAGGCACCUUCUCUCUGGCACCCAUGCUGGUGCUGUCCGUGUACGGCAUGGGCUACGGCAAGAACGCUGAACUGAUCUACGAGUGGCUCAUGUCCCUGAGCUACCUGCGCUUCGGGCUGGUGGGCUUCGCUCUGUCGCUGUACUCCGGCGACCGCGACCUGAUGCACUGCGACGAGGACAAGGUCGUCUAUUGCCACUACGCCAACCCCAACCUGCUCCUCAGGGAUCUGGGAAUGGAAGGGCUGAGCAGCUACAUGCAGAUGCUCAACCUCCUCGUGUACAUGGUCGUGUUCCGCCUUGCCGCCUUCCUCGCCCUGCGAUAUCGGCUCACCGUUGAGUUCUCCAGCAGGAUCCUUAACUACCUGCGGAAGAUUAUACCCCAUAAAUAACGCAAAAAAAAAUUGUGUGUGUGAGUGUGUGUGUGAGAGUGUGCCUGCAUUUUCGUGUAUGUGUGUGAGUGUGUGUUUGUAUGUGCGCGUGCGUGAAAGAGAAAUUAUUGGGUGAGUCCAGUUGUGUUUGAGUAUAUUUUGAGACUUGUCGUGCCGACUUGUCGCUCUCUACUGGUCGAAGUUAUCGUGUUGUACAUAACGAGAAGUACCUGACAUGCCACUGAACCACCGAUGUAGUGCUCCGCAGACCCCUUGGGGGCGCCAAUACAUCGUGUUCUGGAGUAUUCUCAGCGUGCACUGAGCGGAGGGAAAAUGCUCAAUAGAUUUAGUUGUCAACCUUUCAAUUCCCUCUCCUUUUCUAUUUCUCCUAAAGUGAACCACCCGUCUCCUAAUCGGCCAAUCAACUACUUGUGAUAUUUUUAACUUUGUGACAUAAGUAUUUAUUAAUCCUUUUUCAUGAUCUGGUAGAGCGUUUCUGUAUGCGAUCGCCUUUCGUAAAUCUUACGAAUGUGUCAGUCACACCCCUCUGUGGUGCACUUACUGAUAAAUCAUAAUUAGAUCGAUGUAAGUAUAGUUUAAGUUUGUGAUACCAUCUGUGAUUAAGAUGUAGAUGCAUGAAAACCUUGCCUCACGCGAAAGAGAAGUGGGAGAACAUGUGUCACGGUUUAACUCGUUUUUACUAUUAUCAUUUCGUGUUUUGACGUUCAUUUUUGUAAACUUUUUCAUUUUCUUCCUAUUCUCGCUAGGCAAAGCACUCGUUCACAGUCAGUGCAAGCAGCGAGCGUCACAUGUGUUUUCACUGUACUGCACUUUGAAAGUGCUUUCAUCAUCCUCAAGGUUUAAGUCUGGUGCAGGUGCACAAAGCCUGGAAUUGACGCAGGGUCAUUUAGCCAUCUUCUACAUUGUAAAAAUGCUCAAGACUAGAUACAUAAUGCAAUCAACUAAAGUGUAAUUUAUAAAUAAACAACAAGUAUUCUACUUGUCGUAAA